AUGGCGGCGCUACUACGAUCACAGGAUGCUCUCGACCUAGAGACUGCUAUUCGUGAAUGGCAGUCCCAACAGAACGAACGCCAGGAUGGCGGCCCAGCCCAGGAGCCUGAUGAGAAGAGCGCUGUGGCGCGCCUCACUGCAGCCCUCGAUACCCUAUUUCGCGAGAUUGUGGUGAUACUCUCCGACAAGGGAAAGUUUCCCAGGGAUAUCUUCAUUAGCCUCGAUCGAAGUCGCAGCUGCUUCUCGCUUUGGUCCGACGGCCAUGGAGUGGCCAGCGGGAGCCUGGACGACAAGUUCCAGCGAUCGCGGAAGUUGAGACAAGCCACGAUGAAGACGCUUUCCCACCUUUCCUCUACCCUUAUCGAUCGUCUUGUCCCUGUGGCACACAUCUCAAAUCCCAAGACCAAAGGGCUGUGCGACCAAGUGAGCAACAUUUUGGAAGAAGUCAACUUUUCCCACGUGGCCGACGACUCGUCUAGCGACUCAACAUCUGAAUACAGCACUGCGGACGUUCAUGAACUCGCAGAGGAUCUCAAGACCGAUGUCGAUUGUCUCAUCGAACUAGACCAGAUGAUUCGAGACCCAGCCACGGACCCAGAGCCGGAGAUGACCGAAGCUAACGUCUCUCUGUCUUCUUGGGCACCUCAUCAAGUUUUUGCCAACAAGAUUGAGCAUCGGUUCCCGGCAGCUGAUGCUAAGUUAUUUUCUUCGCUUGGUAUGGUCAAUUAUCAACGUUACCUAAGGUGUCAGAUCGAACGAGACCGCAACCAAGUCCAUGCUGAACAGCCUGAACAAGUUGUUGAAGUCACCGCGGGCUCAAAAUUCCACGACUCUGGCCUUGGCUCAUCUCUAAAUCCGGCAAGCUCAUAUGCAGAGACUAUUAUGAGCUACAGGGAUGGCAAUCGAUCCAUCCGGAUUCCCCCAUUGCCAGAGGAAGCGAAAAGAGGAGAGGCGUUCCCGUGUGUUGCAUGUGGACGUUCGGUCAUCAUAACUACUAAUUCCCAAUGGAAACGCCAUCUCUACAUUGAUCUGCAGCCGUAUGUGUGUCUCGACACAUCAUGCAAACGCAGCGAUUCUACCUUCUCCAACCGCGCCAACUGGCUGCAACACCUGGCUCUCGACCAUGGCAUGGAACCAAGUUGGGAACAGAUCGAGUGCCCUCUGUGCGGAGACGAAGCCGGACCUGGGAAGAUUACAAUAACCACACAUCUGGGUCGGCAUCUCGAAGAAAUAUCCCUUUCGGCAUUGCCUGCAGCUCCGGACUCCGAGACGAACUCCGAAGCCUCGGAGUCAGAUAUAGACAACAGCUACCGGGUGAAUCAAGACGACGAGGAGGAACCCCAAGAUCUCGGGUUCGCCGUAUUUGGAAGUGAAGGAGAACUAUCUGAUCAGACCAGCAACAUCCUUUCUGUACAGUCUUGGAAUUCAUGGGAAGAUCUCAUUGACGCUACUAAUAGAGAAGCUGCUGGAGGUUCUACUGGAGAUCAACCUCCUAUAUUGUCGGACUAUCUCGCUUCGCCCUCUGUCAGGCCUGCAGCCGGUGACGAAGCGCUUGUGAAAUAUCUGCAAGCUCGGCCGUUGGAAAGGCAGGUGCAGAGAGACAUUGCCAUGCAGCAGGAGAAGCGAAAGGAGACAGUUGAACUAUCUCAUGAGUCUGAGGUUCAGAUCCACAAUGGUAAGGAAGCAGCCUUCCAUCGCCGAAUGGGGGAGAUGAAGACUGCUCAAGAAGAGGCAAAGAGGGAGAUCGAAAAAUCCAGGAUCGAGGCGGAAGAGGCUGCCUAUCAGAGGUUGAAGGCCGAACAGAAAGCUGAGGAGGAGGAGCGAGCUCGACUCUACGCUCAAGCUAUAGCGGCAGCCGAGGAAGCUGCCUAUAAGAGAAUCAAGGCUGAACGCGCUGAAGAAGAUCGACUCAGGGCCGAGCUGAAGGUCAUGGAAGCUCGCCGACAAUCCGAGGCCGAGAGUCGGGACAGGGUUGAAACAGAGGCGAGGGCUAAGAUGCUCGAAAUCGAGGAGGCCCGCCGUCGUCAAAUGAAGGACAUGAAAGCUGCCCAAGAAGAGGCUAAAAGAGAGAUCGAAAAGGCCAAAGUCGAGGCUGAAAAGGCUGCCCGCGAGAGAUUGGUGGCUGAACGAAAGGCCGAGGAGGAGCGAAGUCGAAAACACGCCGAGGCCAUGGCAGCUGCUGAGGAGAACGCGAGGCUUAGGUUUGAAGCUGAGCUCAAGGCUGCUGAAUCCCGUCGAAAGGUUGAGGCCGAGGCUCGUGAUAGGGCUGACGAGGAGGCUAUGCUCAAGUUCGAAGCUGCUGUCAAGGCUGGUAAGGAUCACCGCGAGGCUGAAGCUGAGGCCAUCACUCAAUCCAAGGAGGCUCAAACGAAAUACUUCUUUGAGAGACCAAUAGAUAUACCGUGGUUUGAAGACGGGGAGGAGUUCCUGUUUCUUGGUGAAGAGCUUAACCUGAGCGCUCAGAGCCCAAAACAGCAGGCUAGGAUUUUUGAGCAACAACGCGAGGCUGUAGCUACUCAGGCCGAGAACGAGGGUCGCGAUAAGGUUGAAGCAGAGGCCUGGCUCAAGCUCGACGACACGGUUAUGGCCACCAGCGAGGAACGAGCCCGAGAACAUGUCGAGGACAAAGUGGUCUCCGACAGUCCUAGACAAGAGGUCUCAGACAGAAACGCUGGUGUUGAACAUGACCAACGUCUCGAGGAUUGGCAGACGCGACAUUGGCGUUGGAUUUGCCCUUCCUGUGGUUCAGAAGACCAGGAUCGCCGAAAGGGACCAGUCUGCAGCAAUUGCUCGUACCUUGUUGGUGAUGGUGAUGGGUUUGAAGCCUCUGUGCCUGAACAACGCCAACCUCGGGAAGAUGAGGUCGUGACGGAGGAGCAACUUCAAAAGCAGCAUCAAGGUUCACCAGAACAUCAGCCCACUUUCACAUCUCUGGAGAGAGCACCACAAGCCGCGCAUCAAUACAGCUCCAAACAUGCAGGCCAGAGCAUACCAGACUCAACCACUAAUAACGAUGGAAACGCACCCAUCAACGGCCCUGAGCAUAGUAGCGACUUUCUACCUCAGUUAUCCCAUCCAGGGUUUUGGGGCAACAUGUGA